AUGAUCGCCCUAGUUGACAAAUGGAAUGAUGAACAUGGCUAUGGUAUUAUUGACUUGAUUCGAUAUUCUAUUGUGGAUAGAUUAGAAAACAAUCGACAAUGUCCGUUAACUCCUUUUGAUACAUCAUGUGGCAAAGAAUGGAUUGAACAAAUUUUUGACUCAGUACAUGAUAGUGAACUUUCAUAUACGCGUCGUUUACAGAUACAUACCAGCAAUGAUGAUUUACAUAAUUCAGCUGAAAAAGAUCUUCAAAAUUUAAUAACCACAGAAAUUAAUGCUCAAUUAAUCAUUUCACAUGGUAUUCAUUUACAUCUAAGAGCAUCCCGUCCUGAUGAUUUUGGAUUCGGUUUUUACACUACAAAUAACUUAGUUGAUGCUUUAAGACAUGCUGAAAAUCGAACUGACAAAACUGGUGGUGAACAACGACCAGCUUGCUUGAUAUUCUCUAUUCCAAAAAAUGAAUUUAAUUCUUAUCAAAUUGUUCGCCUUCUAUAUGCUGAAAAACAAGAACAAAUAACAAGAGAAAAAAUGGAUGAAUCUUUGAUCAAUAGCAACAAUAUAUUUGAAUGGCAUAAUUUCGUAUAUCAAUGUCUAAAUAAUGAUCCACCAUUACCAUUAAUACACUAUAAAGAUGCAAUAAUUGGUCCAAUAUCAGCGAAUUUAAAAGAUAGUACCCUCAGAUAUAAACCAAUCAAACAAAUAAGAAGACAAAUACCAAUUUAA